AUGAGAAACCACCCCUAAACCACCCCUUUCUCCUUCCACCCCUAUUACCCCGGUCCUACCCCUACUCUCCCCCACCUUUCACCCGCCAAAGCCCAAUGCCCCUUGUGUCACCACCCCCUUUUCAGCUCCAACCUCACCCCACUGGGCACCCUCAAUAUUCCACCCUCCCCUUGCCAAAGUGGAACGGAGUUAGUUUCGAUUGGUGCAGUACGUUUUGGGUCUGAAGAAAGACGAGAACCACGUAACUUUCGUGUAGAUUUGAGUAUUUUCUUUGGUACCUACGGACGCCUCCUAGAAUUUUGAUUAAGGUACUUUCUCAUCUAAGAAUCUCUGAAAGUAAAAUGGGGUAUGAAGUACAUGUUCUUCAUACUGGGUACUCCGGUACAACAGAUCAAGGGAUGAUUGCUAACUGCUCAUGCACAUUAAUCCGUGGACGACAUAAUGUUAUUGUAGAUACAAUGACUCCUUGGGACAAAGACAGAAUCAUUUCGGCCUUAGCUCUUCAUAAAUUAACUCCCGAUGACAUACAGUACGUUGUUUGCACACAUGGCCAUUCCGACCAUGUGGGAAACAACAAUUUGUUUCUCUACGCAAAGCAUAUUGUUGGAUAUUCUGUAUCUUUCAGAGAUGUGUAUACUCUUCAUCCCUUUGAGGAUGGUCAACCAUUUGUAAUUGAUGAUGAUGUGAAAGUGAUUCCUACACCAGGUCAUACCAAUACUGAUGUGUCAGUCAUAGUACGUACUCGUGACCAAGGAACUGUGGCUAUUGUUGGUGACUUAUUUGAAAAAGAAGAAGACCUGAAAGAUGCCUCAAUAUGGCGCACUCUUGGCGGGUCAGAAAAUCCUCGAAGCCAAGAACGUUAUCGUAAUGCUGUUCUCCUCAUAGCUGACUACAUAGUUCCUGGACAUGGGCCCAUGUUUUCCGUUACUGCUGCUGUCCGUGAAGAGGCCAAUAAGAAGUCAACAAUGAGCACAGGUCAAACAAAUUACUUACCUCCUAGUUUUGUGAAGUCUGGGUUCACUCUCCCCGCCUUCUCAAGUUAUUCAGAUACCAUUUAUGGAUCAAAGUGGGUGGAUGAUGUAUCUGCGAAAAUGGAUAAAUUUGAUCUUAUAGGUAGCUCUCGGUUAUCACCUAGCCGUUGGGAAGAUAAGCUUAGAGAUUCUGAACUUAAGAAAGAUUUUAGUAGAGUUGACCCAGCAUGGUCCAGUAAACCAGAUCUUUUUGGGGGUCAGACUCAUCUAGAAAGUAAGCCUUUGUAUGACUCAGGUAGCCGUUCAUUGGAUGCGCGUAUUAACUUUGAUGACCGUGCCCGAAGUCCUAUAAUGGCAAGAAGUCCUAUGCGAGAAAGUCGCUUACAGAAUUUUGAUGACUUCAGUACACAGGGGUCAAGGAAGUAUACUUCUGAGACUACACUUUAUGGUGCCAGUUCUACCAGUAUUUUGAAAACAAAACCCGAUCCUGAUAGGUCCUUAAUUGGGACAGCUGCACGUAAUUUUGAUUCCUCUAAAGCCACUGUCUCUGAUUCUUUUGCAAUUAGUAGCCACGCGUUGGACAAAGGCCGUUAUGAUCGACCUGUUUGUGAAGAACCUGUUAAAAAUAUUGGCUUUUCUGACUAUAAAGGAGACAGCAAGUAUAACAUUGGCAAAGAUCUUACAUUCAGGGAAAGUGAUAAACCUGGACUCAAGGUCAGCUUUGGUCCAAUUGGUAAAUGUGACUCUAAGGAUAAAAUAAGUGGUCCUGAUAAAGUAGGCCAGACCCUUUACAGCCCCAACUAUGGCUGUGAUAUUCGUAAGCCAGAUGAGCGUUUUUCCCAUGAUGAAAAAACGGAUCCAUACAAAUUGAAGCAUGACCUUUCCGGCUACAACAGUUCUGAUAAAUUCAGAGAUGAAGGAAAAAAUGACAAGUUCAAAUGGGACGCGAGGGAAACUUCAGUUCGUGAUUGGGGCAGUCUAGAUCGCCAUCGCAUUUCUACAGGUGACAAGCUUAUGACUGACAUAAAAAGUAAAGAUACAGCAGAAGCUCGAUUGCCUAUCUUCAGUGACCCAGUGCUGAAAGGUAACACAGCUCAUAGCAGUGCAGAUUCCCUUGUUCAGAGAGAUGAUCGUUAUUCACGGGUUAUCAUCUAAUUGUUUCCUUCAUUGCAUUCCACAAAAUUAAUUUUUUAAAAUAAACUCUAUUAAUAAAGAAAAAACUGAAAAUCAUUCCAUUUGAGUAGAGGUGAGUAACACUUUAGUGAUUGUAGAACAUAAUAAUAUGGUGCACAGUUUGUGCUGGUGAGUUAGAGAUUGGUCACCAAUUUGAUCAUACCUACAAAUUUGCAAAUUGACAGUUUCCAGACUGCCAGCUUCUCAAAGCAAGGAAUAUGUUAAGGAAAGUGGUAUACUUGUAAGUAAAAAUCUACAAAGCAUUCAAUUGUUAUAUAGCCUCUGCAUUAUUGACAUUUGUGUCUAGCUUAACACAUCGGUGCAUGUGUAUCACAAUAUUUUUUUCUGGAAAACAGAACCACUAUAUGUGGUGUGUCAACACAAUUUUGUGUUUCAUUACCCAUGUCGUUUGCGAGUUCUGAAACGAAUUUCACUAGUUAUAGUGUUUGCUUCUGGCUGUGUUUUUAUGUUGUUGCUAGUCCUAUUAAAGACUUUGUUAAGCCAUCCUUACAGUUAUGUAGUUAGAAAAAUUGCACUGCACACAAUACUAUAUUGGCAACUGGCAUUUGUUACGAGUAUGUAUACUUUUCAUGUUUUGUAAAAGUGCAGUAUAUCUGUUGUUAUUUUGUUGUCUUUUGUUUUUUCUUAUAAAGAUUAUUGUUUCUGUAUAGGAAACAUCAUCAGUGCAUUUUUUAAACUGAUGGCAAAUACUUUUUGUAAAAAGUACAUACAUUUUUUAUCUUAUUGACCAUAGUGCCACAGUAGGACGACUCUGUCCUCUGAUUAAAAUAUUGUAUGGACUUUGUAUGUGUUUGAGUGGAAUUAGAUUCCGCAGCAAUAUAAAUUUGAUCUCUUUCCCCCAAAGAAGGUCCUACAGGCAAACCUUUGUAAUUUAUAUGAAAAUAAAUAGACUAUUUCAUAUUUGUUGUUAUAUUGUUGAGAUGUUGUAGUUUAUUGUAGUAUCAACAAAAAAAUAUAGUGUAGGCUCUAUGGCAGACACCUAUUAUCUUUUCGGAUGUUGUUUUGUACCUAUUCGCAACAUGACUGUUGAUUAUUUUUGUUGCAGAAACUGUCAACGCUGGGACUGGUGAUUGAAAUGGUUGCUGCUGAAUGUUCCCCUUUUAAAUACAGAAUAACUAUAAAAAAAACAUGCUGAAUUUUUAAUUUCCUCAUAAUCAAACUUCCCAAGGAGAAAUGGCAGUCAGAAAAGUACCGAAACAAUUUUGUUUUUUAACAGUUUCAGUAUUGAAUUUAUGUUCCAUUUCUUAACUGUUGGUUUUCAUUAUAAUUUACGUCCAUUUUUUUCCAUUGUCUUGUCACAUCUUUAAUGUUGAUCCACCAAAGCAAGGGGAGACACUAGUUGUUCUUUUUUUUUUCUUUUUUUUUUAGAACUUUACAUUUGGGCAGUCAUCUCAAUUACCUACCCUGUUUCAGAUUGUCACUGACAAAUGAAAUUUUAUUAGAAUUGUUAGACUGUUAUUUAUAUUAAUGUUGUCGUUGAAAGUAACAAUUUCAUAUAUUUACUGUUUGUAAUGUUUUUCAAAACCCAUUAGAUGGGUAAGUGCCUCAAAAGUUUCUCAUUAUUACCCAUAAAAUUGUACAUCUUUACCCACUGCCAGUUUCACCGUUGCAUCAUGGUGAUUUUUUGAAAAAGACAAAUACCUUUUGUUAUGAUAGAUAUAUUUAAAAAAGAAAGAUAGACUUAAUAAGGAAUGGAUUUGAUUUCCAUUAACUUUAUUGUCUGGCAAUCAUAUAGAAGUUGCUAAAAUUUCCCGCUUCCUGUGAUUUCACAAAAGUGUUCCCAGGUUGCCUAUUAAGAUUAGAUUAUCUCAGACUUCUCUUUGUAGUUCAACGAGUAGAAACCAGUUCAAGCUAUCUUCACAAAGCACCCAGUUAUUGCUUCUCUUGUAUGCAAUGUUAUGCAGUAUUCUAUGAAAAGUUAUAGUCUAUUUCAGACAAAUAUGUAAUAUAAUUAUUGUAAUGGAAACAUGCGUAUGCACUAUGUACAUGUUUUUGACACAUUAUAAAUGUGUGGUUAAAUUUUCAUGGUUGAUAUUGCAUUUCUAUCUAAAUGGUUUCACCCUACAUAUGUACAGCUAUUGAGAAAAGUUUUAUGUUUUACAACCAACAGCAUUGAACAUUCAGGCUAUAAGUCAUAGGCAUUCCAUCCUUUAUGUCAUUUGCAGAGCAGCUACGCAUGGAUCUCUAAUAUUUCAUUAUACAAAUGAAUCCAAUGAAGAAUAAGACCGUGUAUUUUGUUUCCACUAUUCUUAUCCUUGUCAUCUAACUUGCAGUUGUCUUCAGGUGGUCUUCUAGCAGUCCUAACAGGGUAGAUUUUUUAAAAUAAAGAAGGAAGGGCAAAUAGCCACUAUUUCUGUCAUAUUUUCAUUGAGACCAAUAGUUUCUACCCAAUUGACUGUUGUAAAAUUGUUACCCUUCAAGAGGACCAUGUAUAGAUCUCAGAGAAGCCACAACAUUUCUUGCAUCAAGAUUCCGAUGACUUUUAUUAGCAUUAGUAAAGAGAAUCUAUUUGGUUUCCAGUGCUAUGUCAUUUCCAGACUGAUAGUAUGUUUUCCAUUUUUGUUUUGUGUUAUUGAAUUAGCUAAAAAAAUGUGGUGAUACAAGACAGUAGCAUUAUUUUUUUUCCUCACAUUCCUUUCUUCACUUUAAAAGUGAGAUAGUUAAAAUUUGGAAUGCUAAUUUUUUUUUGAAAACAAAGCUGCAUAUUGUGUGCAGCAGAAACAUGGUCACCAGGUUGUUGAUGACUGGCAGGAAAAGUUUUAAAUGACAGACUUUGUGAGGUUUGAGGAAGUAACGAGCAAUAUUUUUGGAAGUCAAUUCAAUCACAUUAAAUAUAGGGUAGGUUCAUUAAAACAUAUAAAAAUGGCUAAUUUGAAUAUUUUACUAAUAUUGUAUUUUAUGCUCAAAAGAAAUUUUUUUAAUGGGGAAGGAGGAACCACUAGCAAUAUCUGUUGAGCAAUCCAGAUAUCACAACAGUACUACCAUGUUGUGAGCACAUGUGUGGUUGGAAAUACUAUAAGAGAUCUAGCUGUGAAUUCAAAAACUCUAACAUAAAGCCUUUUUGUUUCAAUGAACCAUCUGACUAUAUUCAUUGAAAUCCUCUAAAUUUCCUUACAUUAUUAUCAGAAUUGACUGUUGUUGACUUUGCAUCUCUUCUAUAACAUUGUAAGGUAAUGCAUUCUGUUACCAUCAAUAAGAUCGCUCAAGCAGGAGUGGGAUAAUAAUAUGUAUUAUGCUCAAUGGUGAUACUAGUUUUCUAAUCACUAUUCCUUCCUUGAGUACUUCAAUUUGUUCCCUAACGAGUCAAUCUGCAAAUACCCCCCUUCAAGGCAGAGUUGUCAAUUUAGUGAUAUAAUCUACAAUGUAUUAGGCUCUAAUUUAAAAAAACAUGUAUUUAAUCCAAUGUUUGUUGCACAUGAGUAACAAUUGUUUCGAGCGCCAUGCAUGAAGUCUCUCUAAACAAACUGUAGGUGAUCUAAACAAUGUUAAGGCAAUAAGGAUAUGUAUUGAAGCUUUUGUGGAUAAUGCUGUAAGACCAUCCUUUGAUCCACAAAUUUUAAUAUUAUGAAUUUUGCCAAAACAUUUGUCUUUCUUAGAAUAGCAUCAAAAAUAUUUACCCAGUUAACUUAAAGGAAUGAAAUUUAUGACAUAUGACAUGUAUGUAUCUACCUGCUCAGUAUCAAUGAUUAUAAAUUUUUAUCUCGCUGCUUAGUACCAAAAUGAUGUUUUUGCUUGUCUGAUAGUUAUUUAUUAUUAUUGUUGUUAUAUUCUAAUGGGGCAAUGCCAAUAUUUCUGUGCAUGAAUGGUUUAUAAAUUUGUGGUCUCUGAAGAAUCAGUAUUAAAGCACAGUGAAUACCAACA